UGACAAGGGGCAUAGUCCUUAGUGUUUGGUCUUGACUUUGGUACUGGUGUUGUGGUGUUACUCUGUUGGAUUAGUGAUGAUGACUGUGAAGCAAAGAACAGUGAAAGCAGCAACGGUGGGGCCAGCAACAGCACGGCAGGGCUCAGCCCUCUCUCGGCUGACUAACCCCCCCACGCCUCUGCUGCUGCAUGGGCCUGGGGUCAGCACCCCCGCCGGCUCACUGCCAUGUGGGCCCGGGGUCAGCCCCUCUGCCAGCUUGCUGCCGUGCGGGCCCAGGGUCGGCCCCUCCGCAGGCUGGCUGCCAUGCGGGCUUGGGGCGGGGCCAGCUGCAACAGCGUGGCUGGAAGGGGAGGAGGUAGGUGGGAGAGGAAGGGAAGACUUGGGACUGGAAGAGAAGGAGUUCGGUGGGAAAAAGGGGAUCUCAAAAACCACGUGGUAAGCGCCAUUUUUGGGAGGAGUGCCAGUCAGCGUGGCCACUGCUUUCCUGGGCAGGGAACGGGGAAUAUGGAAAGACAUGGGGCAAAGGAGGACACAGGACGGCAGGAGGAUGAUAGCAGUCCCGCGUCACCUCUGGACGGGUUCUGACCUUUGUCCUGUCUUCAGGGAAAGGGGGAUGGGAUGGAGAGGGGCACGGGGUGACAGAGAGACGGUAGCAGCUCCAAGACAUCCUGGCAGUUUUCACUUCUUGCCGCACUCUUAGGAACAAAGGGUAAGGAAAGAUAUGGGUAGCUUCACAGAAACUGAAGAACAUGGAGGUUCACAGGCGGAAGGACCACUGAUCUAGGGCACCGACACUCUGCAUGCAAAUCGUCCAUAAUUGUCCAUAAGUAGCUGCUAGGGCUGUACCGUCCAUAAGCUGCAGCAGCCGUGUCAGGAGAGUUGAUAAGAGUCCCCAGCAUGGUCCUUUUGCCGGCAGACUAGCUGCUUGUAGCUCUUAAAAACUCCCUCCCAUGAAGAAUGAAGAGACUUGUGAUGAUAGAUGUUAGUCCAUCGCUCAGUCCCAGUAAGCCAGUCCCCUUACUGGGAGUUUCCCUCCCUGUAAGCCUUUUACCUCCAUGUAAGAUGGGAGAUGGGGGUCCCACAAGGUGUAGCAGUCUGUGGGAGGCUUAUGGGGUGCCAGUUGUGCUGUCCUCACUGGUUGCCGUUAUGGUUUUUGGACGGCAUGGAAUAACGACACUUAAUGUAACUCAAGAUAAUACAUCUCUAGCUUUCAGUUAUAUGUAAGCACAACUGUAAGUGCAAUCAACCACUACCUUAAUCAUAAGAAAAAAAAGUAAAAGUGUCUUUCCAAUUAAAGUCCAAAAAGCUAUUUAAGGUAAUACUAAAGACUUUAAAAGAAAAUUCCAGUCCUAGUAGACCUUAGUAAAUUUUACCUCUGAUCCCACUGCCAACACGGCCACUGCCUUUGUACUUACUAUACGCAAUACCACAACCUAUGUAAUUCACCCCAUCAUCCCAUUAAGAUUAAACCAUAGAAACAUAGUACUCUAUCCCAUUAAACAUAAAUUAUAAGCUCAAAUAGUGAACAAAAAGUAGCAAACUGUAAAUUUAAAAUCUUACACUACUCAAGAGCAACAUUUAUAUGAGAGUAACACAAUUAAUGCCCAAAACAUAUGUCUAGACGCUAAACAAAACCUCUACCAUUUUAAAAUUCACCCAAGUACUAACCAAAAGACUAUAAUUCUAUACAUUAGCCAUAGUUGUAUAUACUUAAAAACUGCUUUUACAUUUAUAAAGAAAAAUAAAAACAAUGUAUCCUUACCUACUAAAGAUCAUUCUAAUUUUUAUAUCUACAAUUUUAAGAUUGUCAAGUGUAACUUUUCAUAUUUAGCACCAGUUGUAUCCCACCAGUUGAUCAAGUAUAAUUAUACAUCCUAUCACAUAUUGUUACCCACGCUUAUUAGAAUGAACCUAACCCUAGUAAAGCAAUUAAUAAAACAUAAAGAUUUAAUAAAAAUUAUAAAAGAAAUUCAAUAGAACAGAAAAAAACCCUUAAUAACUGUCCAACAUAAUACAAAAAAAAAAUAAAGUCCUACAAAAAGUAAAGCAAGAUGCAAACCACAACUGGUGGGAUACGCUCUUUAAAUAGUCAGCAACAGCAACUAGUCUUAAACACCGUCACCUCAUCAUUAUUUUACUAAUAUUAAUUAGUAUAAAUUUAAUAAUAUCUAUUAUAGUACUGAUAUAAAACUAAAAGAUGUUAAAGCAAAUAACAAUUUUAACCUCAUUAUCUAAAACAUAAGAUAUUGUUAAAAAAAUUAUCAAAAUAGUCAGAGCUAAAAAAAAAACCCAGUAGUAGUAAAAAAAUUACUAAGUCUAUGGAAAAGAGGGGGGAUGAGACAGAGGUUUGAAAACUCUAGCUGGUCUUUGUAGUAAACUUAAAAGCAUACACUGUAUUUUAGAAUGUAUUUUAAAUACUGCUUUAGAACGUAUUCUAAAUUACAUUUUAGAAGCCAUUUAGUGAAUAUCGAGUGCUGUGUCUGUUACUCUUUACAUAUUUUAAGGCAGUAAAAGCAUCUGGGGCCCCUCGGUGAUAAGAAGGACUAACCUAAACACAGCAAGGUAACAAGUCUAAGAAUGCAGAUAAAGAGAAAAACACAGACUCUUAGCCGGCAGAGACUGAUUCCUUGCCUUGAAAAAGUGCCAAAAGAGCCAAAGCACAUGCAAAGGAGAUAAGGGUGAAGAGUUCGCUGAGGAAGACUUCAUUUCCUUCAUCUUCUGGAGACCCUCAGAGACCACCACAACGAACCGAGCAUGCCCAGAAGGGCGUGGAGUUAAUUACCAUAUGAGGGCCGGUGUACCCGAGAGAACUGCAAAUAUCUCCACCCUCCCCCACAUUUAAAAACACAACUUGAAAUAAAUGGACGCAACAACCUGAUCCAGCAGAAGACGGCCGCAGCCAUGUUUGCUCAGCAGAUGCAGUUCAUGCUACCAGGCACACAGCUACAGCCAAUUACAACAUUUCCUGUGACUCCAUCGCUUGCAACAAGCCCCACAAUGGCUUUUAAUCCCUACCUGAGUCAUGUUUCUCCUGGGAUGGGCUUAGUUCCUGCAGAGCUUUUACCAAAUACUCCUGUCCUGGUUUCUGGAAAUCCUACUGUUACAGUACCGGGAGGCUCUGCUGGGCAGAAACUGAUGCGUACGGAUAAACUGGAGGUUUGUCGAGAGUUUCAGCGUGGAAAUUGUACACGUGGUGAGAAUGAUUGCCGCUAUGCUCACCCUAUAGAUAUUGCAAUGAUAGACACAAAUGAAAAUACUGUUACAGUUUGCAUGGAUUACAUCAAAGGUCGAUGCUCUAGGGAGAAAUGCAAGUACUUUCAUCCCCCUGCACACCUGCAAGCCAAAAUCAAGGCAGCUCAACACCAGGUGAACCAGACAGCUGCAGCUGCAAUGGCCCUGCCGCCUGGUGCACUUCAAUCUUUACCAAAGAGGCCAGCACUUGAAAAAAACAAUGGUGCCACCACAGUCUUUAACCCAAGCGUUUUCCACUACCAACAGGCUCUAGCCAACAUGCAGUUGCAACAGCCUACAUUCAUCCCUACAGGGUCAGUUCUGUGCAUGACACCCACUGCAAGCGUUGUGCCCAUGAUGCACGGUGCUACGCCCACCACUGUGUCUGCAGCAACAACUCCUGCCACCAGCGUCCCCUUCGCUGCAACAGCCACCGCCAAUCAGAUAUCCCAGUUAUCAGUAGAUGAACUGAGUAGCAGCAUGUUUGUUUCACAGAUGUAGAAGUUCCCAAUAGAACACAGACCAUGUUGAAAUUCUGAACAGUAAAAUUAUGGAGCACCAGGACUUCUUGGUGGGAAGCUGCGCAUGGCCUUUCUGUAUAUAUUCCCCUCUUCCCUCUGUCAUUCUCUACCAUCUCUAAAGUAAGCCUGUUGCAGCCUACAUGUUAACCAAAAACUGAUCAAUGGGAAUGUCAAAAAAAAAGAAAAAAAAAUCACUAUAGAAACAAUUAACAAACAGUGCUCUGUUAUAUGAGAUAUAUAAGUAGGAAAUUAUAAUAGAUUUUUAUAACACAUUACUUUAACACACUUAAUCAUUUUAUGACUACCAUCAUAAGUGUAUCUGCACAGUGGACUGUUGUUUUACUGUAUACUAUCGAUGGAUAAAUGUUUGUCUUAUUUUUAAAGUGUUAUCUUACUGUUUUGUUUACAUCAUAGUCUAUUGAUUUGUUUUAAAGUGUACAUCAUUAUUAAGUAUACUCAGUACCAUUUUUUCAUUAUUGUUAUGUCUUAAGUUUUCAUAUACUGUAGAUUUUAUGGGGGUUUGUUUGUUUUUUACUAAAAAUGUUAUUGUGGGAAACAGGAAUUAUGUGCUUGAAAAACACAACUUAGAAUGUUCUGCCCUUUGCUGGAUUUUGCUGUCAAUGUCAGCUAAAUUUGCUUAUGUUAAAUGCUCCUUUUAUAAUUUAAAACUUGCCUUCAGAUAGUCUCCAAAUUUUUAGUACAAGUGAUGUGAAAGGAUGGCUAUCAUUUUAGUCCAGUUCAAAGUUCUUCUUUCAAUACAAUGAGCUGAUUCUGGAAACUUUUGGACAACAAAAAACAAACAAACAACAAAAAAACCCAGAAAAAACCAAAAAAAACCCAACAAAACAAAACACAAAAGCCCAGGCUCAGUAAGAGGACAGGAACAAUUUGCUCAGACGGGGUAAGCAUCAAGGGAUUUCUGCAGCUCUGUUGUCCAUUGAAGUGUAUUCUCAGCUGCAAACGGCGCACAAGCACAAUCUCUCUCGCUGUUCUCAUGGUGCAGUCAAAACAAACAACGAAAAGAUGGUGGUGGAGUGAGACAGCUUCAGUGGGGCAAAAGCUCAUUGCAUUUGAGAGGAGCCGGUGCCAGCCAUUAGCUGGGGAAGGCCCGGGCCCGUGACUCAGCCCAGACUGGGUAGCACUGAGUCCUGGGUCUUGUCUCCACCCAGCAUGCUGAAACAUUUUGGCCUGAAAUCUUAUUUAUUUCUUGUUGAAAUUUUGUCAGCAUGCCCCAUCUAUUUGAUCACCAUUUUCCAUAAGUGGGUGAUUCCUUCCCCCCCCCCGUGAUCUCUGGCCCUGUAAAGCAAACACAGCAGUAACAAAGCAGCAAAAAGGUCAGCAUAAGCUUUCUGCUGUAGAUAAACAUUUGUCUUAAUGGAGUUCCUGUCGGUCAGUGGAUUUAUUUUGGCACCUUCUACUUGAUCAAGAGCAAUGUGUGCUGCACAACAAGGGCUAGUUCUCAAUACCUCUUUUUCAUAUGCAUGAAUAAAACCAUUUCAGCCCGUGCACCCUGGAUAGCCCUGCCUGUCGUUAUGCUGCAGAAAUGCAUUUUGGUUGAGAAUACCUCCAAAUUCAUCCCUGUCAUAGCUCUACAGUAUCACUGACAUUAUGGAAGAGAUGGAUUUGCUGCUGUAAAUUCACAAACUCCAUACAAAGAGAAAGAGAAUCAAGCAACAGGCCAGCUCACAGUGUCUGGAGGGACAACCACCCUGAGCUCAGAGUGGUCCUGUAGAGUACCAAAUUCAGACAGCCAGAUUUUCUUCUCUUUUCCUGAUUCCUUGACCUUGGUUAGAUUUUCCUUGCCCCCUCUCCUGCAGUAUGAGCACAGACAGUUUGCUAGAAUCUGUAUCUCCAUGGGCCACGAGUGAUGGAGGCACACCUAGGGCGCAGCCUGUGCGCCCCAGGGCAGGCUCUGACCAUCUGCCCGUGGAGACACUCAUAGCACAAACCUUUGAGGAGCCCAGCUAAAGAAGGCCUUGAGGAAUCUUUUUGUUCAGUUCAGCAGACUUUGAACCAAACCCUGAUAGAAAGAGGGGAAAAAACAUCCCCCCAAGACCUCCUUUAUGGACCCUGAGUUUUGACAGUUGCUUGUGUCCAUGGAUGUUCCCCAGCCAUCUGUGCUCUCAAGUGGCGAGGUGGCCUGAAAUCAGUGACUCUCAUUUGUAUUGGCGACCAUAUACCUGUUCUUUUCACCGCUGUGUUUCUGUUUCCCAAAACCAUAACAUUGUUAGUGGAAAAAGUGGAUUUGAGUACUUCCUGUUUGAAAAUAUUUGUGUAUCAAAAAUGAGUUUUGCACAACCUGUGCCAGUGCCUCAACAAAGAACAGAGCUGAUCUUAAGCCAGAAAGGAUGCAUUCAAGCUUGUAUGGCUUUAUGAGUUCAAGGAGGUUGAAAUUUUUUCAGUGCUAAAUCGAUUUUUGUAUAUCUUGAAACUUUGAUGUAACCUCCUAUUUUAUUUAUCAAUUUAAACAUCUGACAUAGAUGUGCAUAGAAUGUAAACCUAGAAUACAGCUGUUUUCAUGUCACAUUUAAAGCACUGGAAAAAAAAAGGCAUUUAAGGAUUAUUUUUUAUGAAAGAGGUCCAUUGAGGGAUGUUCAGGGUAGUUGUAUUAGGUGCCACAACAGUUUUUAUAUUGCUGGCAAAUUUAGAGUUAAUUUGUAAAUGAGUUUAAGGAAAGAAAAGCUUGAAGCACUAAACUUCACCAAAUUCAAAACAAUCUUGGCAAAUAUGCCAUUUUGAGGUAGCACUAUUUAAACUAGUUGUGCAAUGACUUGCUCUAAUUUUCUUUGUUCAAGAAAGAAAAGAAAAAAAAAGCAGUCGCCAGACUAUAAAUUUCCUAAAUAGACUAUUACAAAGUCACUGAGCUAGUGACUCUAAACAAAUGUCAUAAAAGCAUGAAUAUCAUCCUUUAUUUGACAAGAGAUGUAUGUAAGUUUGUUUGAAUUGAUAUAAUUUUAGUGACAUUUUUAUAAGCGUCCCACUUUCCAUGAACCUAUUUUUUUUGUUUAUCCAACUAUUUCUCUUUGUCCAUUUCUCUCAGCCUUAUGCAAACAAUAUGCAAGAAAUGCUGAAACUUGGAUAAAACGGGUCAUGCAGAGGGAAAAUGAAAGCUGAGAUUGAUAAUUUUCAUGAAAAAAAGGUUGUUAGUAGUUUCAAUAAAAAUUACUACUACUAAACUGUAACACGAGAAGACAAUAAAAGAGGGAUUUAAAGUGGAUUCAUAAAACUAUUAAGAUUGUUUUUGUUAAAUACAGUGUUUUUAGGAAUUCGGAACAUGAUUUCACAAUCAGCCAUGUUUUUUAGUUGGAAAUUUUUAGCUGAUGAUUUUUGACCGUGUAUUUUUGCAUCACAACGUUCUAGAAGCCAUUACCUCCCUGAGCAGCCCGUGCAGGCCCCGUUCCUGAGCGCUCCAACACGCUUCUCCUCCCGGCUGCCACUCCUCGCUGCCCUGCUCUGCGCUCAGGUGCUCCCCAAGGGCAGCAUGGCCAGGCUGGGGUCCCACUGCUCCUCCAGCUGUCCUGCUGCAGCGGGGACCCUGCAGAGCUGGCCCCAGAGCCAGGCGCAUGUUGGUGGCACAGGUGGCCAGAGCGGAAUGCGUGUGUGCCAGCAACGUCACCUGGCCUGACUCGGGCUGGCACUGGCAUGGUAGGAGUAGCUCUAGGACACAGCGGGUACACAACAAUUGAGAAACUGGAGUCCUUGUUUUGUUUUUCCCUUGUACAUUUCACAGACAUGAAAACUGAAAAAGGUGAAAUUUAUGAGGAAAAUCUAAUUUCCCAUUCCUGUUGAAUGGAUUUAGUAUGAUAUUGACCUGAUUUUACCAUGUGCCUGUUGAAGGCCUUAGAGUAUAUACUGUUUGUUAAAGACUGUAAUAAGUUUUAAAAAAAAUAGUUGAUAGCCUAAUCCAAAUGUAAAUAGAGCUACAACUCAUUGUUACUAGGCUACAACGCAUUAAUCCAUGUCAUAUAUUUUCAUUUCUCUACCAUUAGUUUUUAAGGUUUUCAUUAUUGCUUUUUUUGAUAUCUUUAGUAACUAAUGAAUUUAAUUUUGAAGGAGAGUUAGAGAAAGUUUAAAUUUUUUCAUACAUGUAUUCAGCCCAUUUAGUUAUAUUCUAAACCAACACUGAAGCAUGGUAAGGUAUAGAAUACAGUCCAUAACUAGUUUGUAUAGUUUACGGUUUAAGAACAAAAUUAACUUUGUAUGUAACUUCUACAAUGAUAGAUUCAUUGUUAACUAAUUAUAUUAAGUUGUUGUUGCUAUGGCAACAAAACUACAACAUGGCUACCUUUGUAUACAUUUGUGAAAUUUUCACAUGUAAUUUAAAAGUGAUGUGUAACAGUAUGAGCUUGUUAAAGGUACAGUUUGAUACUGUCAGAUAAAGAUAUGAUUGAAUAUUUUUAAAAUCCCAAAGUCCCAUGUCAAUGCUGAAUUUGUGUCUUUAAGGUCACUUUUUCAGUCAAGAAGUUUACAACACAUGGAUUUAGAGUCAGGUUUUAUAGCUUGUAGAAAUUGUUGUGUGGCAAGGGUUAUUCCACAGUAUUUUCACUUGGGAAACACAGCAGCCUGUAUUUACAACAUAGUGACUGGUCUUGCUUUCAUUUCACAUCCAUUCACACAGUGGGAUUUCAGAAUUAAUCAGUUUCAGUACUAUAGCUUUGCCUGCAAUUUUCUUUUCUCCAGAAAUUGAGCACUCACAUGAUUACAUUACGAUCAGGGCUGAAUAAUUAGCAUAUAACUAUUUUAAUACUAAUUUAUAUUAGCAUAAGCUGUACAUAAGAAAAAAAAUAUUGUGGAAUGACUCCAUAACAGUGUUGAAGAUACAAAUAUGCUGCAGUUAAACUGAUUCAGUUAGUGUACGAAUGUGUGAGACACACCUUUUUUGCACUUAUGUACAUAGUCCAUGAAAGAAAUCCUUGGAACUUAUUUUGAAUAUAAAAAGUCUGUAAUAAUUCAGGAAAAGUUUGUAAAAGAGAUAGGUAUUACUAAGGCUUUGAAAAGGAGUUCUUUGCUAAAAAACUUAUCUGAAAGCAUGAUGUUGCUUUGCUGUUGUAAAAGCUUUGUAGUUUGCCAUAGCUUAUUAUACAGCAGACUGAUAACAGGUCAGCUUCAACCUGCAGCACAGAGAAUGGGAAACGGUGUGAAAUUAAUUAGUAAGGUCACUAGCAAAGAUUCAAAUUACUUUUUUUAAUACAUUUUCAAACACACCCCAGGUCAUGUUUCUGAUAGGUUGUGUUCUUGGUGAAUCCUUUUAGGAGUGCUAGGUCCAUGGCAGCACACAUACAUUUUUCCUAGCACCUAAUCCUAUUUCUGUCUGGACGUGUUUAUCUGUGGGAGGUGAUUGUCAUUGUGGUGAGUGUUUUAAAUGCCAGAGUGAAUUUGAAAUGUCACAACUUCUUGAUUUUUUUUUUAACCUUUUGGGGCAAGGUAACAAAAUGGAAGGAGCUGGUGAGCUGUAGAUGGACAGGGAUGGGUUGGGAUUGUCUGGGACCAGUUCUUCCUGCUGUGUGACAGCCAUGGUGUUUAUUUGAGAGGCACAUGGUAGUGCUGCAGAUGCUGCUGAGGCAGGGAGGGUGGAGGCUGGUGGCAGUGUGGCCAGCUGGGUGCUCCAGGCUGGGACUAACAAGCCCCUUUGAGUUGCCACCAAAGGAGAGCAAAGCUGUGGCCCCUCAUUGAGCAGCCUCUUGUUCCUGUUUGUGUUGGUACUGCUGGGGCUCUGCAGUGCUGGGGGAUUUUGGAGCAGCUGAAGCACCUGUGUUGACCCAUUUAAUUUUGAUUGGAACAAGUUUUGGGUUUUGUUGGAUUUUUAAGGGAUUUAAAAUGUUUUUUGGGGGGAUGUUUUGCAAAACCCAAGCCUCAGUUUUGCUUCAGAAAAGUAGCUGGUUUUGCCAUGAGUCUGGUCCUGACUCGAGCAGUGAGUCAAGUCCCCCAGAGCAGAACGGGUGGGAGGUGACAUCGAUGUCACUGUCGCCCUCUGCUGGAUGCCCCAGGGUUGGGGGCUGAGCUGUUGCUGCCAAGCCCAAGACCUGUUCCUUGGCCAGCAUUCCCUACUCCUGGUGAUGCCAGUGUGUGCCCAGACAACUCACUCUGCACCACGGGGCUGUGCAAGUGGUGGUUUGCUGAACUGGAGCAGCCCCCGGGUCUUUAAAAUGUGGAAAAAUCAGAUGUUGCUUCGCUCCCUGGUGUUAUAUAAUAACCUAGAUUUUAAUACAAAAUAAUCAGCUAGUUCAAGCCACCACACGAUUACGGCUUCCCUUUGCCAUAAUCAGUUUCUAUAAUCAAGCCCUUUCUCAUUUCUAGGAUUAUGAGAGAAAAAUAUUUUGCACUAUGUGAAAUGAAUCAUAGCUGGUCAAACUUUGUCGGGGUAUGAGCAUGAUCAUGGCAACACUGCUAAAAUCUUUGCUAGUGAUCUUUACUGACAUCCUCUAUCAUCAAAAAUAACUCUCUAUGCCUCUCAAAGGAGAUAUUAAAACAUGCAAAAUAACACAACUGUUGAAUAAAAUGAAGUUAUUUUACCAAACACACAACAGAGAAUUACCUGACACCGAAUUACAAGGUUCCAGUUCUUUAUUACUGUACACAGAUGCUAUUUGAUAGUGGUGGAAGCCAAAUGAUUUUGUUGCCAUGGCUUUUGUAUCCUAGCAGAUGAGGGGAUGAUAAGACCAUUCUUAGACUGGAUUAUGGGAUUUUUUUUUUCUUUCCAAUUAGCUUUGUUUUAAUUUUUUUAGAUCAUGAAAAUGAACCGACUCCUCACCCUUUAUUACAUCACCUGACAACAAAUCACUAUUUUUUUUAAUAAAUAGAGAAUUGUAUUUUAGGCAAUCACUAAAAUCAAAGAGAGAAUGUUCUCCUCAAUUGUCAAUUUUUAAUUUAAAAAUAUAAAAACAUUUAUACUGUACUGUGUAAAGUAGAUCUUUGAAGCACAUUCUUCUUUUCAUAGGCAUUUCUGGUAAAACAAAGUAAGGGAAACAUUAGAUAUCAAUUUAAUGGAAUAGUUUAGAAAAUAGAUACAAAUGAUUACACUUAGCCCUGUGGAAUUGUAAGAAAUUAAAAUAUCAUUGGAUCCAGACAGGCGUAGGUUAAUGCAGUAUUUCAGUUCCAUAACAGGAUAGUUCACUCCCUCAACUGCUACCAACAGGGUGUAUGCUUUGAAUUUGUUUCUUUUUGCCACAUUAUAUUGCUGUAGUGCUUGUACAUGCUUUAGAAAUGUGCAUAAUGCUACUCAUUUUAGUAUGUUACUUCUAUAUUGUUAUUGUUUAUUUUUUGAUCUUUUAAUAAAGUGUAUAAAAUUCUUGGUUAUGUUCUUUAUGGAUCCAUAUCUAUAUAUUAAUAGGAGUUUACUUUAAAAACUUUUCAAGUUCCAGUUUAUUAGUCCCAAACUUCAAAGAUUCUGAUGUAAAAAUAAUAACUAAUGAAUUUGAAUCUAUGUUAUAUCUGAAGUGUAGAUCAACAGAAUAAUUUUCUUUCCAGAAAAUUUCUUCAGUAUUUUGAAUUCUGUAGCCAGUGCCUCCUUUUUACUGGAUGCAUUUGGCCUAUCAUAAUAAAGUUACUAACACAAGACAGACAUUUGUAUUUUAGAAAAAUAAAAAGUAAAACUUUC